UACCUCUUUCGAUAGUGUAGCAUUUAUAUUUUUGUUCUAAGAAGGACUCAUUUGAAACGCAAUGUUCAUCUAUAUUAGAAAUGAAAAUUCUUGAUGAAUUUCCUGUGCUUAAUAUUCUUUUCUUUUCAGUAACUUUAAAUGACACGAUCAUUACUCCAGAUUUAUCCAACAGCAGCCUUACACCUGACGCUUCGUGUGGCCCGUUUACAAUCCAGCCUUCGCCAACCAGUGCAUCUCCAUUGACAUCAUUAGGUCUCCCAAUUUGCGACACUAUUACGCUUACUCAGAACCUGACCAUUACAGUACUUUCAUCGGAAAUAACAACCGUAAUAUCACCAAUAACAUCAACUGAAACAAAAACAGAAAUAUCUUCCGUUACAACGACAGAAGUAUCAACAGAAACAACAAUUCAAAUAUCGGUAGAUACAACUACAGAAAUAUCAACAGAAACAACAACUGAAAUGUCCACAACAACCCAAAUAUUGGCUCAAACAAUAAGUGAAAUUUUUACUGCUACUAAAACAGAAUUAUCAACCACUACGAUUACCGCGCCUGAUACUGCGACUCAGGGUCAUUACCAAAAUAUAACAUUUGAAAAAGCGGAACAGGUUGCUGCGGAAAUAGCUAAAAACUUAACAAUUGACACAAAAUCAACUUCAUCUCAUAUACGUCGACUUACAAGCGCUGACGACAAACGCCAAUCUUCAAAAUUCGUUGGUUAUAUAGCUGUCAUUUUUGUAUUUGCUCCACUUACACUAAUGUUGUUAGCUGACGUAAAGAAAGUGCUCCUUGAUUUCCAUUCACACGAGAACAUAUAUGACAAAUGUAAAAGGUCUACAAAUAAAUGUCCAUAAAGAAUUCCUUGAUUUAGCAUUGAAUGGUUUGUAAAAUAGACCAAAGUAGAAAUUAUUAUUUACCAAACUUUUAUAGCUUUCUCUUGAUUUACACGUUCAAAGGCGCUUUACAAAUAAUAAACUGAUAACUAAUGUACAAAUAACAAUAUCGGUAAAAUACCAAAAACAGCUUUAAAACAAUAUAAAU